GCUGGCUGGCUGGGUUGACGUGCGAGGGCUCUGUUAAGGUGGGUUCGGUUCACACUACGGUUGGCUGAGAGCUCGAAAGUGUGUGCGUAGCUUCGACUUCGUAGACGCUCGGGCAUUUGAAGACAUUGAAUAACGAAGAAAGCUCUGUUGAAGGCAGCUAUGGAGACAACUAUGGCGACUGGCGUAAGGUACAAAGUAGUGCUUGCACUGACGAUGAUAUGCGUGUUCGCAGUCGUCGCAGAGGCCGUGGGCGGCUUGACGAAGACGGGCGAACGGCGUCUCGAGUACACUGAACGCCAUGAGGUCCUGAAGUCAGAGGGAGGGUCAGUGUCUAUAUGGGCAGAGUCGUUCGAGCACAUAGCCGACGCAGGUAGGAGGUUUUCAGCGGCGCACCUUACGCUGGAGGAGGAUGGCUUCUUGCUUCCUAGCUACUCGUCGGGCCAUCACGUGAUCUACGUGCUUGAAGGCUCAGCAUACGCAGGACUGAUGACGCCGUGGGGUAUCCCGGCAACGCUUCGGAGACUCAAGAAGGGGGAGAUGCUCGUAGUUCCGCGUGGCUGGGUGUCGUGGAUUUGCAACCAUCACCACGAGGGCGGUCAGAGCACUCAUCGCCACGAGAGCGAGAGGGAGGGCGGUCAGAGCCACGAGAGCGAGAGGGAGGGCGGUCAGAGCCACGAGAGCGAGACGGAGGGCGGUCAGAGCCACGAGAGCGAGAGGGAGGGCGAUCAGAGCACUCAUCGCCAUGAGAGCGAAAGGGAGGGCGGUCAGACGUCCACCUUUAAGGCGUUGGUAGUCACGGAUUUCCCAGCACCACCGGCGAGCGAGAAGGGUGGGAAGACUGAGACGGACGGGUGCUAUUUCUUGGCCGGAGGCUCGCAGCGAGAGGGCGAAGGGUGCGCAGGGCACGGCGGCGUUCUUCACGGCUUCAGUAAGGACGUGCUCGCCCAAGUGUGGGGCGUGGACGAGUCAGAUGUGGAGAAACUACUCCAUUCGCAGAAGGGGGUGGGGAUCGUGAAGGUGAGUAAGGCUCAGCAUCCGGAGUUGUGGGAGCGGUUCGUGAGUAAGCUGUCACACAUGGAAAUUCUGAGCGACGCGUUUAGAUUCGUGGAUGGGCUCGCGCACACCGAGCGGCAUGAAGGUGGUCACCGAGAGCAGGGAAGCGCCGCUUGGUUCUUGGGAGAUUUCACCUACAAUGUGGAGGCAGCGACUCCUGCGGUCCGCAAUGAAGGCGGUGAAAUUCGGCUCGUCAACAAAGAACUGCUGCCGGCGCUCGGAAAGUUUGGCCUGAGUUUCUCUCUCGCAGUCGUUAAACUUGAGAAGGGCGCAGUGAGGGUCCCAGCAUGGUCUGUCAAUGCUCACUUGAUUGUGCACGUGACCAGCGGUAGCGGGCGGAUUCAGAUCGUCCAUCCGGACGGCAGCAACGCUCUGGACACCGACGUGCAUGCUGGGUCUGUCGUUGUCAUCCCGCGCUUUUAUCCGUCGGUAAAGGUCGCCUCGAAGGAUGAAGGUCUCGAGUUCGUCGGUGUGAUGACGUCUUCACGACCGUUUUGGAGCCGUCUUGCUGGUCAUAACUCCUUGCUUAGUAACAUGCCGGAGGUCGUCGUUAAAGAGGCGUUCAACAUUCCCAGUGAUCUUGUGAAGCAACUGCGGUCCCGGAGGGCGGAAUAUUCCGUCAUUCUGCCGCCUUCGAGCUCUCAGAAAGAGCAGCAGGAGGUGUGGGAGUUGUAGAGGUAGCUGCUCGCAUGAGGACUAAAACGCGGAGGGACAUGCGCCGAUAACUUGGCGAAGCAUCAGGCAGCAGCGGAGUGUAUAAUAGAUUUCUAUGGCAUUGUAGCCGCAACACUUGGAGCACUCGCAAUUGCUCUCGUCAUUUGGGUCAGCAAUCCACCAAUGCAUUAUUUGGAUUGUGCUUGUCAUUGACGAAGCGGAUUUCAUAGAUUUGUAUGUCAUUGUUGUCACGACACUUGCGGCACGCGGAAUAAUUGCUCUCGACGCACUUUGGUCAGAAAUCCGCCAUGUGAUUGAUUGCGCACGUGAUUGACCGAAUGCUAGGCACCCGGUGUCGUUUUAUGGGUCCAAGCAGGAGAGAAAAUGAGUGAGACUGAUAGAUAUGGUGGCGGUCCGAAUGAGGCAGCCGAUCUUCUGUCUCGUAGAUUUCGUAGUUUGUGAAGUCGUGGAUUCGUCGUCUAUCUUGUAUAGUACCGUAGGUCGUUUGGGAGGCCGGACUGAAUGCGACGCUUAUGGCGGCAGUAGACGAUUGGAGGUUUUUGAUGUCGUGUACACGUGAAUGAUGUGUAUCUGGUUAUACACGUGAAUGAUGUUUGGGUAUAGUUGCGAAUCUCUGCGGAUCGUCUAUUAAUGUUUUAGGCGGCGGAAGAUGAGUAGAGGUACGCAUAGUACAGCUGGUGUGAGAUGUUUAUAUCUGCGGAUUGCGCGUCGAAGAUGUAUACGAGUAGGAUAGUGCCUUAGUACCUGCGGUGGUACAUCGGUGAAGCGCGGUGUUGGCGCUGCUCUGAUAACACGGCUCCGGCUGUGCCCACUGUCAUUAGUGUACAAUGCUUGUAGUUGAGUGCUGAGGAGAUGAGUGCGGUCGGCUAUCUUUGUCCGCGUAUGCUGCUUUUANGCUUGUAGUUGAGUGCUGAGGAGAUGAGUGCGGUCGGCUAUCUUUGUCCGCGUAUGCUGCUUUUACUUUUGAACUGUUAGGUGAUUUGUGUUGACUGCCCAGUGUGUGACAUGGUAAGCAGCCUUGAAGCUGCUGUAGUGUGACUGGCUUGUCGAUGUUUUCUUGUCAUUUUGUGUAGGCGGUUCUGUUGUCGAGGUUCGUGUGUAGACUACUCUGUGUUGUCAGUUCCUGACCUUCAAAACCUUCAAAACGAGCCUUGAUGAUUUACUCGUUUGUCGAUUGUCGAUGUUUUGUAGUCAUGUGACUUGUAGUGUCUCGCAGAUGACGUCCUGUAGUGUGGCUCCCUUGUCUCAGAACAGGCCUCGGCAGUUUGUGACCCUCAAGGCCUCGGCAGUUUGUGACCCUCAAAACGAGCUCGCAAUUGACACGUGAGCUUGCCUUGUUUGUGGAUGUUUUGCAGUCGUGUGGUGUUGGUAGUUCCUUGGCAGCUGUUGUUUCAAAACGAGGGGACCAGCUGCUCAAUGGACUACGCCAACGAAAUUUUGAAAUGGGUUUCCCUGUGACACAAUAGUUUUCGUUUGUUCGGGUGGAAUUCUGUCUGAGUUAGAUUUGGCUUGUGAGUAUAACAGCAGUGUGCCCGACUUGGAUUUUUUUUUUGUACGAUGGAAUUCUGUCUUAGACAGGUGGAUUUGCCUUUUGAGUACAACAUCAGUAUUGACGUCAGGAUCAUUUUUUGCGGUUUUGUUUGUGGCGUUCUUAGCUUUUGCAGUUGCGGCUGACUUGCUGUAGUGUGUACGGGUGGAAUGUAUGAGGUAGAUUCGGCUUGUGAGUAUAACAUAGUGUUCGGGUGGAAUGUAUGAGUUAGAUUUGGUUUGAGUAUAACAUCAGUGUGCCCGACUUGGAAAAAGAAAAUAUCUCUUGUUCGAUGGAAUUUUUCUUAGGCAGGUGGAUUUGCCUUCUGAGUACAACAUCAGUAUUCACGUCAGGAUCAUUUUUUGCGGUUUUGUUUGUUGCGUUGGUAGCUUUUGCAGUUGCAGCUGACUUGC